ACACACCACUCUUCUAUGUAUAAGCCUGCAGAACUUACCAUUCCAUUCAUGCAUAUACAACAUUACAACAUUUCAUUUCAUAACAUGGAGCUUCUUAUUCCCUUCUCUCUCCUAUUCACCUUUGCUUGCAUUCUCCUUGCAUUGUUCAACACUCUGAACCGUUCAAAUUCCAAAAUCUUACCACCUGGACCAUGGAAACUGCCUCUUCUUGGCAACAUUCACCAAUUUUUCGGGCCACUUCCCCACCAAACUUUGACAAACUUGGCUAACCAACAUGGACCGUUGAUGCACCUACAACUUGGUGAAAAGCCACACAUUAUAGUCUCUUCAGCAGAUAUUGCCAAAGAGAUUAUGAAAACUCAUGAUGCCAUCUUUGCCAAUAGGCCUCAUCUUCUUGCUUCCAAAUCCUUUGCCUAUGACAGCAGCGACAUAGCCUUCUCUUCUUAUGGAAAAGCUUGGAGGCAACUAAAAAAAAUAUGCAUUUCAGAGUUGCUAAAUGCUAAACAUGUUCAAUCACUAAGGCACAUAAGAGAAGAAGAGGUAUCUAAGCUAGUUAGCCAUGUAUAUGCAAAUGAAGGGUCAAUUAUCAAUCUUACUAAGGAAAUUGAGUCAGUGACAAUAGCUAUAAUUGCAAGGGCAGCUAAUGGUAAAAUAUGCAAAGACCAAGAAGCUUUCAUGUCAACGAUGGAGCAAAUGCUAGUGCUGUUGGGAGGUUUCUCAAUUGCUGAUUUCUACCCUUCAAUCAAAGUGUUUCCAUUGCUCACAGGAAUGAAAAGUAAACUUGAAAGGGCGCAGAGAGAGAAUGACAAGAUCCUAGAAAAUAUGGUCAAGGAUCACAAGGAAAAUGAGAACAAGAAUGGGGUGACGCACGAGGAUUUUAUUGAUAUUCUUCUCAAAACUCAAAAGAGAGAUGACUUGGAAAUUCCCUUGACUCACAACAACGUCAAAGCACUCAUCUGGGACAUGUUUGUUGGUGGGACAGCAGCACCAGCAGCAGUUACAGUAUGGGCAAUGUCAGAACUCAUAAAAAAUCCGAAGGCUAUGGAAAAGGCACAGACUGAGGUAAGAAAGGUCUUCAAUGUGAAAGGUUAUGUGGAUGAAACAGAGCUUGGACAGUGCCAAUAUUUAAAUUCAAUCAUAAAAGAAACAAUGAGGCUACACCCCCCCGAAGCAUUAUUACUCCCAAGAGAAAACAGUGAGGCAUGUGUAGUCAAUGGAUAUAAAAUCCCUGCAAAGAGCAAAGUCAUUAUCAAUGCUUGGGCCAUUGGGAGAGAAUCAAAGUAUUGGAAUGAAGCAGAGAGAUUUGUGCCAGAGAGGUUUGUAGAUAACUCUUAUGACUUCAGUGGCACAAACUUUGAAUACAUCCCUUUUGGGGCCGGAAGGAGAAUUUGUCCUGGUGCUGCAUUUUCCAUGCCUUACAUGUUGCUGUCACUGGCCAAUUUGCUUUACCAUUUUGAUUGGAAGCUGCCAAAUGGAGCAACAAUCCAAGAAUUGGAUAUGUCUGAGUCUUUUGGCCUCACUGUUAAAAGAGUACAUGAUCUUUGCUUAAUCCCCAUUCCUUAUCACCCAACAUCCAAACUGGGCCAUCUAUAAAAACUAUAAGCUGAACUGAGUGUGUGUGUGUGUGUUUUUAUCAUUAACUAGGUGUGUUUAUUUAUCUUUAUCAAGUGUACUAGAAUGUACGCAUUUAUUUCCCGCACUCCUAGUGUUGCAUCAGACACCUCAAAAGUUUAUUUCAAAAUGUAAAUUUAUAUUCUAAAAUAAACUUUUGGAAAUGCAAUAGGAGAUGCAGAUAUAAUAACCUAGAACGUAUGGUGAUAAGAACACCAUACAUUGAUGGAUGGUGAGAGUCACCGAGUCUCAUGUUAACUAUCAUAAAAUCCUUUCUUGUAAUUGAGAUAUUUAUAGGUAUUUCCUCUA